CCUAUAGAAUAUUAGGCAGAUGAUUUUAAUGAUAUGCUUGACUGGUGCAUAUACAGUAUACACUAUUAUACUAUAUCUAUCUAUCUAUCUAUCUAUCUAUCUAUCUAUCUAUCUAUCUAUCUAUCUAUCUAUCUAUCUAUCUAUCUAUCUAUCUAUCUAUCUAUCUAUCUAUGAUGUGUGUGUGUGAUAUGUAUAAAACAGCUCGCUUAUUCUUUAUAAUAAAGCCCAGAUAGCGUAACACUGAGCGCACCAUCCAGUCAAGAGCACACACAAUAAAUAAAUAUUUAAACAUACUUAGCCGCCGUGUGAUUGCGCAUCUGGAUUUUUCAUUUCAAAAUGUAAAAUUCUGCCCGAGACGCAGCUUUAGGUACGCCUGCCUCUGACGUGCGCUCACCGGACACCAGAUAUCCUACUCUAGGAAACUCACGCUUUUCCUUCACUGCUGAUCCGUAGCGCAAUGGGCGGAAUUUAGAUGCGGGACGUUGUAUCAAGCAGGAAAAGCGAUAUUCCCAGGAGCGAGUGGCCCCUCGUCAGACUUCCGGAUGGUUUUAUGGUGUGCGCGCGCCCUCCUGCUUUCCAAUAAGAAGAAUCCCCGCUGUUUAACCCUAUCUUCUCUUCUCCUCUGUUUCUCUCGUUAUUGUGAUCGAUGCAAGCAAAAUCUGACAGCUAGUAUACAGGACAUUAUCAACAAGGAAAUCAGGGAAUACCUCAGAAAAGAUGGAGAAGAGGGCAGUCUCGUGAUGAUAUUCUCCUAAUAGACGCUUUUACUCAAAACUGUUGCAUUUUUCGGGCACUUUUUAUUCAAUGAAUUUGGUAAGCUUUACUUCUGAUGGAGCUAGAUACUUGACAGUUUUGUGUUAAGCAAAGGAGGAGGAGGAAGAGGAGGAGGAGGAGGUGUUGCCUUCGGCAGCUCUGGAUCGCAUCUUUUUUAAAAAGCUGCCAUGCGAGCGGAGUAGCCAACUGGCAGCGGGCGCGGGCGAGCAGUGAGUUUCCCGCAGACGCUCGCUCUUACAAUCGGGUGCCUUUUUGCAGAAGAACACUUUGCCCCAGUUGCACAAAUACGCUUUACUGCCCGGAUGCAUUGUCAGUAGAAUUGUAAGGAAGAAAAGUAAUCGAUAAAAAAGAAGCCAUAUAGCGGAUAGGAAAUUUCAGCCCUCGUCUUAAGCCAGCGAAGAAUCCCGACGUGCAACAUCUAAAUGCAUUCAAGUGUUGUUUCUUUGAUCUGCCGUCUGAGCAGCCACAAGAUACUUGGUGGAAAUGGAAAAAUGUUUAUCCCCAAGACCAUCGAUUUUCAGAAGACUAAAUAUGCAAGAUUCAUGAACAACCGAGUUCCACCCAACAAGAGAUACCAGCCAACAGAGUAUGAACAUGCAGCCAACUGUGCUACCCAUGCACUUUGGAUAAUUCCCAGCAUUCUUGGCAGCUCAACUCUUUACUUCUUAUCUGAUGACCACUGGGAGACCAUCUCGGCCUGGAUCUACGGUUUUGGCUUAUGCGGCCUUUUUAUUGUGUCGACCAUCUUUCACACCAUCUCAUGGAAGAAGAGCCACCUCCGAAUGGUUGAGCACUGCUUUCAUAUGUGUGAUCGUAUGGUCAUAUACUUCUUCAUAGCUGCCUCAUAUGCCCCAUGGCUGAACUUGAGAGAACUGGGACCAUGGGCUUCUCACAUGCGAUGGAUCAUCUGGAUAAUGGCCUGCACUGGGACUGCUUACGUGUUUUUCUUUCAUGAAAGGUACAAGAUUGUGGAGCUUGUCUGCUACGUAGUAAUGGGUGUCUUUCCAGCACUGGUCAUACUGUCUAUGGCUCAGCGAGAUGGACUCUUUGAGCUCAUCCUAGGAGGAUUUUUUUACUGCCUGGGCAUGGUUUUCUUCAAGAGUGAUGGCCGUAUACCUUUUGCCCAUGCCAUCUGGCACCUGUUUGUGGCAAUUGGAGCUGGAAUUCACUACUAUGCCAUUUGGAGGUACCUUUACACAACAGACAAUGCAGAUGCGAAAACCUCAAGAUAGCAAUCUGCUCUAUAAAUAUGUGACAUAUAGGAAGAUUGUGGUGCUACAUCAGCAAGUGAAGAGGUGUCCUUGUCUCCUUCAGUGUUGGUUUUCUCUUUAUAUUUUUCUAGAAAAUGAUUUCUCUAACAGUGUUUCCUUUAUUUUUAAAUUGAAAGUGUACAACCAGGAAAAAAAAACAAGACAGGCGUAGUAAAUUAAACACGAGAAGUGGUAAGUGAAUUACACAUGAGAAGUGCCAGAGUGUGCAAAACAGAAAUACAUAGGAAUCUCAUCAGCCUAUUAACAAACUGUGGUGACGUAAGAUGAAUGUCUGGUAGUCUGUGCUUUACAAUGACUAACAUGAGAAUGAGUCAAAGUAAAGAUCUACUAAUGUUGUGGAUUUUCAUAUAUUUCUUUGUCUUAAAGCGAUCAAAACUGUAAAUAUAUGUCUUGGUCCUAAGAGAAGACAUGCCAUCAUUUUAUGUGCAUUAUGUCCCGUUCUUUGCAAUAUUGUAAGGCACUGUGUGCACUGAUGGUACAUUAUUAGGAAAUUUAUCCUAAUUUGAAAAUGCUGAUUCACGUUCAGGGAAAGGUUACUGUACUAAUCAGACACCAAGUAAAAUACUCUGACCUUGCCGUCGUGAGUUAUACAGUUUGAAAGAUGAGGUCCACAUAGUGUGUAAAAUCAGUCUGUCUUUAGCUAGUUCACUGCCAAAGAAUCCACAGAUAUGGAACAUUACAAGUGCUAUUUUUAAACAACAAACAGUAAACCACACUGCCCUUUAUUAUCUUUAAUAUAAAACAUAAAAAUCCAUGCAUCGAUUUUCUGCAACUACUGUACAUAGCCUUGUUUGAGACUUUAGGGAUUCAUAAAAUAACAGAAAUCUUAGUAAACAGAAACACUGCGCAAACAGUUGUUUACUUCUAAAAAUCCAUCCAUCUUCAAAGCUGCUUAUGUUUGCUGGGCUAAAACCCAUCCCUACAGCACUGGGUUCAAGGUGAAACACCCCCUGAAUUGGGCAUAGUACCAAAAAUGGCCGGCUUCAUUAUUAAAUACUGAGGAUUAUUUUUUUUCUAUUUUAUUCUGUGCUGAACUGUCUGUGGCCUUCCUUUCAAUCUGUUUAUUGAUUAAUAGUUAUAUGUGGCACAUUUUCUUUUCUUGUAUUAACUCUAUUAUUCAUAUAACAAGAUAGAUCGCAUAGUGAACAUCAGAAAGGUGUCAGGGCAAAAUAUUUUGCUUUUAGUGCCACUUGUAAAGUGCAUAAUGUAAAAGAAAAAUGAAAGAAUAUAAGUAUUACAAAUGAAUGGAUGUGAUGGAUAACAGUCCUGUGACAUUUUGUUUACUGUCAUGUGCUCACAAAGAUUCUUAGAUGCAGGUCUCCCACAGACUUGUGGUGAUACAACGAUACCAACAACAGACAAUAGCCACACUGUACACUAAACACCACUAUUUUAUUUAGAACUUUUCACAACACGUAUCAUCUCAAGGUACUUUAUUAACUAAAUAAUUUUGGAAUACAGCAGAUAGAACAACAUUACAAGGUAGGAAGAAGAAAGGCAGACUGAGUUGAACCUGCAAAACAAAACAGCUAUAUUAAAUUAUUCAGAUAUGAACCCGACUUUUAGGCCUCUCCAUUUACUCUAUAUACCAUAUGUUCAUUCAUACAGGAAAGGCAUGUGUCUUUUGGUAGUACCUUGUAUUACUGUAUACAGUAUGUUUGUGCAAGAGCAUAUGUAAUUGUGUGUGUCUGUUUGUAAUGCUUGCACCUAGAUAUUUAGUAGAGGUUGUCAGUACAUAAGAUGAAUGUACAGCUUUCUAAAACCAGUGUUAGCAGUAGAGCAUCCCAGUUCAAUAAGACUUUUUUUUUUAAAUCCCAGUCUGGUCCCUGCCUAUGUGGAGAUUACAUGCUCUUUCUGCGGCGUACCUAAAUGUUCUUCUCAAUGUACUCUGGUUUGGAGUUUACAUGUUCUCCCCAUGUCUACAUACAGUAGGUGUUUCUCAAGGUGCUUUGUCAUGCAGCUAUACCACAUGUACUUCCACCCAGAACUAGUAAUCCACCUGACCAGUACUUGGAUGGGAGACCAUCCAGGAAAAGUUUGUGUUGCUGUUGGAAGAGGUGUUGGUUAGGCUGGCAGGGGCUGCUUCCCCUGUGGUCUGUGUGUAUAUCCCAAUGCCCCAGUGCAGUGACAGGGACACUGAGUUGUAAAAAUUGAAACCACCCUUCAGAUGAGGUCCUGACUCUCUGUGGUCAUUAAAAAAUCUCUGGACAUCUUUUGCAACGAGCAGGGCGUAUCCUGAUGUCCAUGCUAAAUUUCCCAUCAUGGGUUAAUAAUUGCGGCCCUCUAAUCAUCCCAUGUCUCUGACUGGCUAUCUCUCUCUCUCUCACACCCCUUCACCUCUUAAUAACUGAUGUGGGGUGAGCACACUGUUGGAAAAUGGCAGCCAUUGCAUCAUUUAGGUGGAUGCUACACAUUGGAGGUGGUUGAAGUGGCUCCCCUUCCCUUUGUAAUGCGAUUUGAGUGUCUUAAAAAGUAUUAUAUAAUCUUCUUCUGCCUUGGUUUUCCUCCCGCCUCCCAAAGACAUGCAUGCCAGGUUAGUAAGUGACUCUAAAUUGGCCCCAGGUGAGUGCCUGUGUGUGUCUGCAUGAGUGUGUCCUGCAACGGACUGACAAACCUUCCAGGGCUCCUGCCAGCCUUUUGCCUAAAGCAGCCAACAUACCUAGAAUUUGAGGUAGUCCCUUAGAUCAGAAAAUGCAAGCUGGCUCAUGGUGGAUAAAUGUAUGACAUUAAAUGGAAUAAUAAUAUUUGAUGGAGCAGCAGUCCCUUUUGGACAGCUGACUUGAGGUAAAACACCAGGCUUCUCCUCCAUCUAUAUGGAGUCUGCUUGUUCUCCUCUAGUCCAGGGUAUGUGUGUGUGUAAUGUGCCUGGUGAUGGACUGAUGUUCCAUCCAAACUUGGUUACUGCCUUGCACCCAAUGCUGCCGCAACACUGAACUGGAUUAAGCAAGUUGGAAAGAGGAUGGAUGGAUGAACUUAGAACCAUUCCAGGACCUUGCCAGGUCUAACUGCACUGAUCCUUUCAAUGCCAGUAUUAGCUAGUACUGUAUACAUCCUCUCACUUUUCAAAUACUGACAUUUCCAGGGUCUAGAAAAUGGACUCUUUUAUCAAAUGGUAUUGACAGCCUUCUUUUGCACUUAUUGGGCUGAGUUUAUACAUUCCUGUAACAUUGUUAGGUGGCCUAAGCUGUAGAUGGCUACAAAUACACAUGAUGCCAAAUGGGAUACAGGCUGCUAAGUGGCACAGGUCACACCACCCCACUGCUGGCUCGUGUGUGCCUACUAUUUGUAAAAUACUUUAUGAUAAUACUGGCUGCAAAAGACACUAUACAAAACAACACCUACUUAAUAUGUUUACAUUCUAGCAAAUAGCAGAAUCCAUGUGCUCUGGUAAAUAGCAGCAAUAUCCUGCCAUCCGAACAGUGUUUUCUGAUGUUGUGCGUUCUGUAGAUUUCUGAUUGAUUGAUCAGUUAAGAUAUUAAGAUAAUCUCUAAAAAACAACUAACAAGGAAUCAGACAAGGUGCAAAGGGAGGCCAGGUGAUAUCUUCUUUAAAAAAGGUACAACUGAAAAUUCUUGCCUCCGCACCAAAGUGGCCUCCUUGUCAGAUUUUCAGCUCUACCUAUUGAAUCAUAGCAGGCAUUCAUAUUAAUCAAGAUGGCUCUGCUGUGUUUUUUGCAGUAUUUUAUUAUACAACAGUGUUUCCAGGUGUCAUCUUUACUAUAAAAGUGUUAUGAUGAUAAACAAUUUUUUUUGCACCUUGUGCCUGCAGGGUAAUGCAUGCUGUACAGUAUAGCGUCUGAAAUCAUAAAUGGCUCUUUCCAUACAGCAGCAUUUCUAAUGGAUUGUGUUAACUAAACACAUUUUGAUUGUCUUAUAAAUCAUCCAUCUUACUAUACUUUGUUUGAUCAUUUUUGGAUAUUUACUCUUUUCAUAAUAAUACAUACUAAAAUGACCAAUAGAAACAUGUCCCAGAAACUGUGUUAUGUCAUGUGAACCGUUAUAAAGUAAGGCAGGUUACCUGGAUUUUACUGGAUUUUUCUGUGUUACACCCCUCCCCCAACCGCUGAGCCAUACCCCAACAAAGUGAUGCACUGAAUUUAAGGGGUUAUAUCCAGGAUAUUUGUGAGUUGAGGAAGGGGACAUUUACAGAGCAGCAGUUAGGAGGAACUGAAAUGAAAUAAUGAAGGUGGGUGGUGAAAGGCCAUGAGCAUGGUGCAUAUAGAAGAUAAAACUGCGUAGCUGGGGUACUGGGUGGGUGGUGCACCAAUUCAAAAUGCCUUUGCUUCUCAAGCAAUCAGGUUUCUAACACUUACUUGCCUUCUUUUGCUAUUCAGUAUUUAUAGAUCUGGCUUGUCUUGUAUAAAUGAGGAUCUAAUAAAAUAACUUAUUAACUUUUGUUCAUCUAUGAAAGUGCAUAUCCAAUGUAGUAUUUAUUUGUAUAAUUUUACUAUUUAUAAUUAACUUUUGGAAGUUUUAAUUCCUCUACAAAAAAAUGUGAAUUUUCCUUUUAUUAGUAUGUGUCUUUUGAAUGACGUUUGAUAUGUUGCUUAGUUAUUAAUACUGUUAUUAUUGAAACUGUUUUCCUCAUUGCUACUGCAUGAAGCCUAAUCAAUUUUGUGUUGCAAGUUACACAGAUUAAAGUUGGGGGACAGAAAAAAAAA